AAUACAUGUAACCCAUUUUUCAUUUUUCAAAGUUAGUUUGAUGGAUAUGAUUUGAUGAUAUUAACUUUUUGCGGCCAACUAGACCACUCUUCUCUCACAUCAUUUAUUGCUUCUAUUCAAUCUUGCACACUCAUUUAUUUGUACCUUCACACACACAGAGAAGAAUGGGUUCAAUUAGUACCCCUCACAAGGUCUCCAACUAUGAUGAAAUCUUCAUGCAGCGUAGUUUGCAGUUUGCAGAGAGCUUGAAGGAUCUCAAAGUUUUAAAGAAUCAGUUGUAUUCAGCAGCAGAGUAUUUUGAGUCAUCUUAUGACAAAGAUGAUCACCAAAUACUUGUGAUGGAAUCGUCGAAAGAUUAUGUGACGAAAGCUGUGGUGAGCACGGUCGACCAUUUGGGGUCCAUAGCUGAUAAACUCAACAAAUUCUUGGAUGAGAAGGCUGAUGAAUUCUCUGCCACAAGUAUUAGAUUUUCUUGCAUUCAACAGAAACUUAGCGCAUUUCAAGGAUUUGUCGACUUGAGAGGCGUAUCACAACACUCGUUGAUGGUUGAAGCUCCCAAGCACCAUAAGCAGUAUAUUGUUCCAGAGUCUUCCGAAAUUGGGAAAUCGAAGUUGAUGUAUAGAGAUCAUGUCUUGCAUCCCCGGUAUGAUAUGAAUCAUACCAAGCAAGAUACUCCAUCUGCUAAAGCUUUUCAAGCAGCUCGACUAAAGCAUCAGCCACCGUUAUCAAGAAAAGGACACCCGAUGGUUUCUUUAGACGAACCGUCUCAAAAUCCUGCCCACUUUUCUUUUACGCGAGCCAUGUCUAAGAAAGAAACUGGGAAGCGUUCAGUUUCACCACUUAGUUUUCCUCUCAAGAGGUCUGGAUCUGCUGCUAAGAGAUCAGUCUCGCCUACCCCUUUGUACAGUAAUCAACAGAUGCAAUGGCAGAGACCAACAGAGCCACGAAGAGCUAUGUCAGUGAGCAGAAUAGGUGACACGAAGAGGGAAGGACAGAUGAUAGAGUCGUAUACCAAAAGAAGUAAGAAUCUGUUCAGAGCUUUGCUUAGUGCUCAUCGGUCAACAAAGGAGAAUCAUAAGCUCCAAACAAUGUAUAGAUAGAUAGACUCUCUUUUGGCUGCUAUAAAUUUAUUAUCAAGGCAGCCAGCUAUAUCAAUUCAAAGAUAUGGUUGUAAUAAAGGGUUCUUACGACAUCGGAAGUUGAGCUCUUAUUUUCACA